CCCCCAGAGCUCGAGGAGAGAGUGCAGCUCCGUCAUCCGCUUUGCACAGGGAGAGAGAGAGAGAGAGCGAGAGAGAGAGAGAGAGGGGAGGAGGGAGAGUUGAGGGAGGAGUGUAAGCCAACAACUGAGCGAAUGAGAGACAGGGAGAGUGGAGCAGCACAACAAUAGUGGGCUGCUCUUCUAACCGUGGACUCAUAGAGACAGAGAGAGCGCUCAGAGAGACACACAGACGCUCUGUAAACCAGCUGCAGGCAGAUUACAGCUGCUGUAUACAUUCAGCCGCAGCACACUGUUGACUUUUGUUGUUCCUCUGGCUCUUUCUGUGGUGACCAUUCUUCACCAACCACAGAAGUACUAAAUAUUGACGCAGAAGCAUUUUAGGAAUUUUUGCGGUCACUCCAUGCGCAAGGGAUUUUGGCCAUAGGUGGACUUCUGAUUGGCUUCUGAGGAGCUUGUCCACAGACUUUUUGGACUAGUGUUGUCUUUUCUUGUUCGUCUAAUUCUACAAGGGUCUGGACACUUAAACAGCUGACUCGACCAGUGGACUCCAACAGGAGUUUUUGUCUACUUGGGAUUUUUCUCUUUUUUCUGGGUUUACUUAAAUCAGACCCCUAAGGAGAGCACUUCUGGGAUUUUUGCUCUGACAUUUUCGUGAGGCAAGGAGGAGGGCAUUGAUCGCUCCAUCCCUAAAGGAAGGAGCACCAGAACAUUUGCUUCUGUGUGUGUGUGUGUGCAUGAGAAAGAGCGUGUUCUGGGGGAUGCCUCUGGAUGUGGUGAUUGCUCCAGCGGAGGACUGUUUUUGGCCCGACCUGCAGGAGACAGACAUGAGGCUGAAGAUCAGAGUCCGCCGAAUGAAGGAAGGAAGAGAGCUACGAGGUGUGUAUUCACCUGGAUGCAGAAGAGAAGGAGGCUUUGCUGCAUUCUCCUCUUGCUUCCCCGGCCUGUGUGAAGGGAAGCCUGCCACUGCUCUGCCUAUGAGCUUAUCCCAGCCCUGCUUGCCUGUGGCUAACGUAGGGCCCACUCGUAUCCUGCCACACCUCUACCUAGGAUCACAGAAGGAUGUCCUGAACAAGGAUCUGAUGGCUCAGAAUGGUAUCACCUAUGUGCUGAAUGCCAGUAACACCUGUCCAAAGCCAGACUUUAUCAGCGAGAGCCACUUCAUGCGCAUCCCAGUUAAUGACAACUACUGUGAGAAACUGCUGCCCUGGCUGGACAAAACAAACGAAUUCAUUGACAAAGCUAAGGUGUCAAACUGCAGAGUCAUUGUGCACUGCCUGGCUGGAAUCUCACGUUCAGCAACCAUCGCCAUUGCAUACAUCAUGAAGACAAUGGGCUUGUCAUCAGAUGACGCCUACAGGUUUGUGAAGGACCGAAGACCGUCCAUAUCUCCCAACUUCAACUUCCUCGGUCAGCUGCUGGAGUUUGAGAAGGGCCUACGGUUACUCCAAGCAUUAACUUCAAACUCUGAUGACAAGAUCUCUGAAAGCAGCCUGAAGCAGAACUCAGAGGUUAAUGGCAUCAGCACGUGUUUGGAGAUGAAUGGUCACCACAGCAACCAUGAUUCAUCGGUGGCAGAGCUGCAGAUUGCACCAGAGCCCAAGCUGCCAUCACCCAUCUCCCUCCAGCAAGGUUUCAACGGCCUGCACCUCUCCGCAGAGAGGAUCAUGGACACUAACCGACUCAAACGAUCCUUCUCCCUGGACAUUAAAUCUGUCUAUUCCCCUAACAGUCCCCACUGUCCCACCCUGGCACCCACGCACUCUGAAGAUGUCCCAAAGCUGUGUAAGCUGGACAGUCCAGGAACAGGCACCUCCAACGGUAUCUGCUCCCAGUCUCCCGUCCUAGACAGCCCCAGCUCCUUAGAUUCACCAUUCCCCUCACCAGGCAGUGGGGGCAGCAUUGGAGGUCUGGGGCAUGGGGGAAGUGAAGGAGUCCAUCGAUCUAGUUCUUCCUCGUCCAGGCCCAGGAGGAAACCCAAGCACAGCUCUGGCACUUCCCCAGUCCACCAUAUACACCAACCCCCCCAGUCCCUCAGUUUGUCACUGGACAACAAGAGCCCGACCCUGGAGGAGAACCUAAAGGGCUCCUUACUCCUGUCACUACCCUCCCUUCCUACUGUGGGGUCUGGAGCAAUGUGGACCAAACACAGAGACACUGUCCAGGCCACCACUCCUGUCACUCCCGUCACCCCUACAACGGAUGCCCCCUGGCACUUUGGGGCGGAAGAGGGUGGAGAGGGAGAGAUGGAGCUUGGUGGAGGAGGGAUCGGAGGGGGAGAGGAGUCGUCGGUGAGGUUUGGGAGCAGUUCGGCUUACGUGGCGUUCGGCUGCAGUGAAGGUGUGCGGUUACGAGAUAAAUCCCAAAGGGAGAAGUCCACAGCUCUACCGACACAGAGAGACCACCGGGACUCCACAUCAACAACGUCGUCCUUGUCCAACAAUGCAAACAACAGCGGGACGACGCCGGACAAGCAGUUCAAGCGACGCAGCUGUCAGAUGGAGUUUGAGGAGGGUAUCUCUGAGACACGGUCCCGAGAAGAACUGGGGAAGAUCGGGAAACAGUCGAGUUUUUCUGGGAGCAUGGAAAUCAUUGAGGUAUCCUGACAGAUAAUGGACAUGAUCGGGGCUGUCCCUUGGGGGCAAAAAUGGACCUAAUUAGAGGGAGUGCACGAAGAGAAAUAAAGGGAAGGUGUUUUAGUGUUCCCUUCACAGACAGUGUUAAAGACUCCUGCUGAGGAAAGGGCAAAUUGAUACACAGAGUUAAUGUGAAAAGAUCAGCAAGUGAACUAGCAUUUGCACUUGGACUAGUGCUGUGUAUCACUCUGACAGACAGACCCACAGACAGAGCCUGAGAUGCGGUGCUUAGCAGACCAUAACCAUCGUGAACUCUCAUACAAACCUGAAGAAAAGCCUGGGGGAAAGCGGCGUAAAGGGGGGUGACUGUAGGUACUGAGAUGAUUCUUUUUUUUUUUUUUGUUCUUUUUUUUGAGCUCUGUCACAGAUUAAAAAGAAACGACCCAGGCCAAGUAUCGUGUUGCAUCCUUAUUAUAUGGAGCCUCCCUGUUUUGACAGAGUUCAGACUUAAACUGCUUGCCUGUGGUCAAAUGUAAUGUGCUUCAGUGGGUGUUUAGCUCGUGAUUUGAACCAAGCCCCCUGUGUCUCCUUCCAAAAGCUUCACCCCAGUGUCUGAAAGCCUCCGAACCUCGCACGACGACGUCCAACCCCUUCCCCAGCGGCUCUGCCUGCUGCAAACUCUGCAUUACAUCAACAACAGACUCCUUACAACAGCACCGUCUCCUCACACCACCACAGCACAAAGCAGAGAUCCCAAACAGCGUUUUUUUCUGUCUUUACCAAGGACUCAAUCGAAAGGCGGUACUGCAUCCAAAAAACAAUGAAGGAUCCUCAGCAUUUUCAUGAUGCUGAUGAAAAGAUUUUGAGUUGAAGACUCUUUGCGACAGGCAUUGUUUCCCCAUGUUAAAGCACACAGUGUGUCUGACUUUGACUUCCUUGUUUCCAGUGUUAACUGAUGGGACUGAGGUUUCGGGAUGGUGUUGAAGGAUUAGCUUCAAAUCCUUUAUGGACCCCUCAACCCCCUCCCACUGCUCCCAGUCACCUACUAUGGUCACCACUGAGCAUGCACCAGAAAGGCUGACUACAGACAGACAAAUACUAUAUAUACAAUAUGAAUAUAUAUAGCAAUUUUAAUGGACUUCUAAUGGACUUUUUGUUCAGUUAUAGUUUUAAUUUAUUGUAUUGGUUCAUUCUGGUAAUGAGAAAUAAUAUAAUGUUUUGUGGAUUUAUUUCAUUUUCUUUUGUUGAAUUAUUAUUAUUAUUUGCUGUAUGGUAUUUAUGAACACACAUUCAUACAAAUACACACAUUCAACAAAUUCAAGUGAGCAAUAUGUGCUGUUCCUUCUUUGGGGAGAGUGAUGUAUGACUUUGAAAUGCACUUUUCUGCUUUCUGAUAACCAAGUCCAGUCACCAUAGACAAAAGCCAAGUCUUGAAUUUUGAUAGUACAAGUAUAGAGGCCUCUGUUUGGCGUUAGCAGGAUGGUACAGACAUCCCAAUAGUAAGAUCUUAAAGAACAGGGUUUCUGUUUUGGCUCAUCUGCAGCGUGAAUUCAUGGAUUUGUCACAACUGAGGGCUGUUAAAUGAAGAGACUGUUUUGUUUAACUGUUUGUAUGCAAAGACAGACAGAGAAGCCGCUCUGCCUCUCUCUGAUUCUUCUCAUAAAUAGUAAACCACAAUGCUAAAAACAUUGUUUUGCCAUGUAGGAGUGCUUGCAUAACAACACGUAUAUGCAAACAAAAUGCACACUCUUCAACAAGUUUGAGAUUUACAGACUCUUGCCGAGUGUCCUCUCCGAGCCAGCACCAGUUUGCCAUCAUUAUAACGCGUCCCACCAAAGCUAAAAAGCAACACAUACACACAUCCUAUACUGUAUGCACUUACACAUAUACUCACACAUGUAAAGCAUAGGCCCUACACACACCCUUUUGUUCAUUCUCAGGGGAUCUUUCAGUGAGCCAAGCCCAGCACAGGGUACACAGCUGCUGGUACAUCAGCACAAUGCAUGUCCAUAAAGCUCCCUCGCUACUUUUUUCUCUUACUGUCUUUUCUUUUCUUUCUUAAUUUUUUUUCUUUAUUAAAAACACCACAACAACUUGGACAGAAAUAAAGAGGAUCGUCAUGUCCUGAGGCGAAAGAAAUGAAAACUUUGCUCUCCUGGUGCGAGAUUAUUUAUUUAUAAUGUAAUAUGUGUAUUUUCUUCCUUUCCCUGCCCCCCACUGAUUAGCUUUUCUCUCCAGUGAUCUCUGACCUUUGACCUCCUGCUACUGCAGCUACAGUAAAUUCAAAUAGAUUCCUGUGUUCAGUUUUUUUUCCCCGUAAAUGGCACGAGGCUCAAGCAACCUGUCCUCUCCUUUCCCUCUCUAUAUUUUUAAUCAAUGUUGUUAGAAUUAUUUAUGAAAUGUAACAAAGAUGAUGCAGGCUGUCCCAUUUGCUAAAACUGUGGUUAUUAUUAUUAUUAUUAUUAUUAUUAUUAUUAUUAUUAUUAUUAUUAUUAUGUGUAAAUAGCAACGCAUCUAAGAACACUGAUGAAUUUAGAUGAGUUUUUAAAAGAAAAUCCUGAUACCUUAGGCUGCUUGACGCAAAAAUACCUCAGGUUCUAUUGAAAGGCUUUUCCUUCCCCUGUACAUGUUUUGUGAAAAUGAGACAAAAUACAGACAUGACAAAAUACAA